UAUCAGCAGUUUCAGCAGCACACUUUAUUCGUUUACGUAUUGUCAUUUAUUUUUAUCUCACUCUGCCCAUCUCCCCACUUGAUGAAUGAUCUGGAAAAAAAAGCGCUGGCCACAGAGGGCAAAAAAAUAAAUGUAGUUGAUCAGUAAUCAGCUAAUCUCAGUGCGGCAAUCAAUCAAUCAAUCCACUCCUAUAUUUUUUUUGCAGGCUUUAUCUUGACCAGAAACCAACACCAAGCAUUAAAGAGAAAAAUGCUGGUCUCAAUUCAAAUUUCAAUUAACGAGCCUCUACCUCUUUUGCUUUCUUUUUCUAGUUUAUUGUUGUUGUCUCGUUAAUUUCAAGCACACUCGCUUUUUUUCUAAUUCACUUAUCUUUUUCCAUCUCUCUUUUUCUCAGGGUUUCAGCUUGACUUUCAAUCCUGGCUCUACAUUUCAUAUAUUUUCUAUUCUUUUUCUAAAUUCGCCCCCCUCCAAAAACCCCCGUUUUAAGAAAAGAAAAAUGUUGCGUUCGCUGUUUACUCGGCCGGCAUCAGCGGCACUAUCGUUGUCAGCACGUACCCUGCUUAUCUCCACACCUACGAUGAUUAUCCAGCAGCAGCACCAGCGCAACUACGUGACGCGGCAGCAAACAGAAAUCAUCAAAGCAGUGACCCGCGAUGCGCCAAUGGAAGUCAACCCACGCAUUGAUGUUCCCGAGCCAAUGAUUUCCGCCAGCGACCGCCAGCGGCUGCGCUCCGACCCUCUUCUGGCUCAAUUAGUUAAUAUGAUCAUGCGCGAUGGCAAAAAAAUGCGCGCCGAACGGUUUGUUCAAAUGGCAUUGUUGGAUAUUCGCGAGCAUUGCAAUUCUGAUCCGUACAAGCUUUUGUCUGAUGCUAUUGAGUCGGUUUCGCCCCUGAUGGAUACAAGGAGUGCGAGGCAGGGGAGCAAGGUUAUUCAGGUACCGAGGGCUCUGAAUUUGAGGCAGAGGAGGAGAAAGGCCAUUGUUUGGAUUCUGGAGUCGGCGAAGAAGAGGAAUGAGAGGGAGAUGCACUUGAGGUUGUCUGGGGAGCUGCAGGCUAUUGUUAAUGGCGCAUCGGGCGUACUGGAGAAGAAGUUGCAGCUGCACAAGGCUGUUCUGGCCAAUCGCUCCAACAUCCGCACAACCAAGCGCUGAGCUUCAUACUCCCCUUUUAAUCCCAUUUCUGGGAUUUUGGGAUGGUGCAUGGUGACCAGGUAUGGCCCAUAUAUUUUUUUACAAAAAUAA